CGAGUAGCAUUAUCCAUCAUCGAGCUAAGCAGCGCCAAGCUUACCUUCUCAGCCUCGGAAUGCUCCUCAUAGGAUGAUCAUCUGCGUCUAUGCUGCCACUACUGACGGACUAGCAACUUGUUCCUGGGUCCCUUCUUCCUUUCUGGACAAUGAUCUGACUGCUUUUGCUUUCUUCAUACUAUGGGCAUCCCCAUGAACGGUAAUAUUCACGCCCCCACCGUCCCCUCCGGUCCUUCGUCUGGAGGGGCGUUCCGCGACUACUCCCAGAUUUCCAUGGUGGCUUUGAUGGAGGAGAAGGAGCGUAUCGAGGCAGAGCUAUCGGCUCUCAGCAGCGUCCUUGGUUCCCAUGGAGUCAAUAUGGAGACGCCGUUGACGACACCCGACGGAUUCCCUCGUAACGACAUCGACAUCGCUCAAAUACGGACGAUCCGAGUGCGAAUAAUCCACCUCCGGAACGACCACAAGGAGGUCAUGAAAUAUCUCGAGAAGGGCCUCCACGAUCAUUUCGCCAGUCUCCAGCGCGCUCAGGGUGCUACAGCUACGGGUACAGAUCCUAAUACGUCUACGGCUCCUGCUCAGCGACCUACCGCUACGGGUACUAGCACAACGGAUGCUGCGUCCUUGGGGACACCAUUCGCAAAGGUCAACAGCGUUGUGCCUAGAAGCCCGGCGGAUCAAGCAGGUCUGAAAGCAGGAGACGCUAUUCGAAAAUUUGGGAAUGUGAAUUGGUUGAAUCAUGAGCGUCUUUCGAAGGUUGCGGAGACUGUGCAGCAGAACGAAGGGCGAACGAUUUUGGUCAAGGUAGUUAGAAAACAAGAUCCUGGCUCUGGUACUACGACUGAGUUAGACCUGCAACUCCUACCGCGGCGCGACUGGGGCGGUCGUGGGAUGCUCGGCUGUCAUCUAGUUCCAUUGUGAACGAUCACUUGUCGCCGUGCCAACCAUCUACGGACAAAGACGGGCGAAUGCAAUCUCAUGAGGAAUGUGGCAUGAUUUCUCUUGCUGGCGUUUGUAAGAAGGCUCAUUCUGGGGGGGCUGGAGUUGUGAAUAGGGACGAUCUGGACUAGGAGAACAAAAUAUCAACAUCUUUAUUUUGACGA